AUGGCGCCCCCAGGAGCCCUGCCAGAUGGGCUGGCACCGUCAGGGGAUCUCUCUUGGACAGCCGCACUCCCAGAGACCAUCCCAAGGACGUUGGCGCUCCCAGGGUGCGUGCCAGGGUCAGUGGCGCCCCCAGGGAACCAUUGGUGGCGGCCCUCUAAGAACGGUGACGCUCCCAGGGGUUCUGAUAGAGACAGCAAAGCUGUCAGGGGCCCUCCCAGAUAUGCCGGCAAUCUCAGGGGCCGUGUCAGGACCGAUGGCGCCACCAGGAACCCUGCCAGGGGCGCUGGCACCCUCAGGGGCUCUCCCAAAGACAACCGCACUCCAAGAGGCCCUCCCAAAGACGGUGGCGCUCCUAGGGUGCGUGCAAGCGUCAAUGGCGCCCCCAUUGGAUCCUGCCAGGGGCCCUGGCGCUACCAGGCCUCUCCCAGGGACAGCGGAUAUACCAGGGUCUCUCUCAUGGACGGUGGAGCCCCCUGCGACUCUCUCAGGAACAACGACGCUCCUAGAGACCCCCCCAGGGAUGGAUGCACCCCCAGGGGCCGUGCCAAGCGUGGUCAGGCCUCCUGGGGCUCUCUGAAGGAAGGUGGCGGCCACAGGGGCCCUCCCAGAGGCGGUGGGGCCCUCAGGGGCCCACCUUGGUGUGGCGGAGACCCCCAAGGGCCCUGCCAGGGGCGACUUCGCCGCUAG